AUGGAUUCACUGCAACAACAGUAUUGGGCCAUCUAUGAAGAAGCUGUCGAGCUGCUCCAAACAAAAUCGGAACGCAACGUAGAACGGGGAACAGACCUAUGUCUCAAUCUCCGAGAUCGCAUUGACAUAGGUCUAUUGUUGCGCGCCUUGGUCAACUACUCUCUCGCGAUGUACUCCGAGUCGGUCGCCGAUCAAGUCCAAUACUCCAAUGAAUGCCUCGACCUCGCCACAAUGCUGCAGGAGCAAAACCCCGAUGAUGAGACCGCUGCAGUGUUGAAUAUGGCCCGGGAGCUGGUCCAGACUAUCAAAGACCAUGCUGAAGAGGAAGGUGUUGAUCUCGACGAUAUCCAACAAGACAACAAUAUUUCUUGGGAGGGACAGUUCACAAAGGCUUGGAAGGCUUCUAAGGAGACCCGAGAGAAAUCUGCGACAGCGACCGCCAGUAGCCCUGCCCGCGAGGUUGACACUGACACGGCAGGCGAAUCUCAGAGCACUGUCGCUACCACUGUCAUCGCAACUGAUGAUGAGGUGGGUUCAGAGCCAACCGAAACCGACGAAGCCGACAAAGGGGACGAUGCCGAGGACACCGAGUGA